AUGGGUGAGCAGAGCGUUAUGCCGCCACUCACACAGCCUGAGAUCCAGAACAAUGAGCUGAACCGCUUGGAUGACCGUGAGCGGGCUGCAGCGGUUCAAUCCGCCUCAGCAGAGGAAGACAGGAAGUUGCGCGACGCAGAGCGCUACGGCUUCCAGAAGGACGGGGCAGAGCGGGAGCGCCCCCUCACAAAGGUCAACAGCAUCAAGCUGCAGCCGGCCCAGGCAGCGGCCGUCAAAGCUAACCUUGCCGCGCCGCAGACUCCCACAGAAGUAGACGGGUUGCACCGCAGCCCCCAGGUCAACGGAUCUGCUGAGCACUCUCCAGCUGAUAAGACGGGAACCCCCCCUCAGCAGUAUACCCCCCCUCAGCAGUAUACCCCCUCUCAGCAGUAUACCCCCCCUCAGGAGUUUACCCCCCAGGAGCCAGACCGCUCCUCCCUGAACAGAACCAGCUCCAUGCAGCAACUCAAGCAGUGUGUCCGCACACAGAGAGGACGCAGCCAGGAUGACGACACCAGGAGGUUGGUUUGA